CAUAGCUCUAAAAUGCCAACAUCCUAGGCAGCGUUCUAGCAGGGAGCAGUUUAAUCUCUGGGAAGCUGAUGGUCACUCCGUUGCAUUUUGAAUAGUUGGCAAGCUGAGUAACAUUUAGGUAGGCAGAAGAAAAUCUGCAUAGAGACUUUUCUGGGUGCACUGUUGCUUUAUUAUUUAUAGCAAGUUCAAUAAGGUAAUCUCCACUACCCUGAAACUCAUGCACAGCAGAGUCCAAACCUCUCAGCUUUGGUGUAUGGGUAGGUUAUCUGAAAGGAGCUGUACCUGGCUCUGACAAAAAUAAAGUCAAUAAACUUGCAUGAGAUUAACACAAGAAAGAGAGAUCAAGCAAAAAGAGAUGCACUUUAAAUAGCAGCCUUUUUGUGCAGCAGUCACCACCCUUAUGACUCCAGUAUUAAUUGCUGCAUUACCACUGCCCUGUAAGACAGGCAGCAAAGCCUGGUAAAGCAAACUCCUCCUCUCUCUUGCUCUUUAGUGAGGUUUGCUGGGUGCCUCUGCUUAUCAAGUUCCAAUAGGGUACACUGAUCCACAGGGCAUAAAGUAUAUGCACAUGCAGGGGAGAAGCUGAAGGGAAGAGCUAUACCUUUAACAAAGGCAAUACACUGCUUCCUCCUGUAAUCAUCCUUGAAAGCUUCAUAGAAGCAAAUCUCAAUUAGGAGGCUGUGGUUCUGUGUCUGAGCCUAACACCAGAGUUUUGUGUAUUGCACAAAGUGCCAUCGAAGUUAUAAAGGAUUCUGCUUUUUCGUGUUCCUGGACUUUGCAAGAGAUAAGAUCCUUCCUCCACAUUUGAAUCAUGAGUGGCUGUUCAAAGAGAUGUAAGCACGGGAUUGUUAAAUUUGCCCAGACCAUCUUUAAGAUCAUCACAGGCACUCUCAACAAAGAUAAAAUUGAAGAUGAAUUAGAAAUGACCACGGUGUGCUAUCGUCCAGAAGGACUGGAACAGCUUGAAGCACAAACCAGUUUCACAAAGAGAGAACUUCAAGUGCUUUACAGAGGAUUUAAAAAUGAAUGUCCUAGUGGGGUUGUUAAUGAAGAGACGUUCAAACAGAUCUAUGCACAGUUUUUUCCACAUGGAGAUGCUAGUAUGUAUGCCCAUUAUCUUUUCAAUGCGUUUGACACUGCACAGACUGGAUCAGUGAAGUUUGAGGGUUUUGUGAUGGCACUAUCAACUUUGUUGAGAGGAACAGUUCAUGAAAAGCUAAGAUGGACAUUUAAUCUUUAUGACAUAAAUAAAGAUGGAUAUAUAAACAAGGAGGAAAUGAUGGAUAUAGUAAAGGCAAUUUAUGAUAUGAUGGGCAAGUACACAUAUCCUGUUCUCAAGCAAGAUGCUCCAAGACUGCACGUAGAAGUUUUCUUCCAGAAAAUGGAUAAAAACAAAGAUGGUGUUGUAACUCUAGAUGAGUUUAUUGAAUCAUGUCAGGAGGAUGACAAUAUUAUGAGAUCCUUACAACUCUUUGAGAAUGUGAUGUAACAGCAUCUGGAAUGCAGCAUAGGAACCAGAGACUUUGUACGUAAUGAAAACCUUCUUUCUGGAUGAAGGCUUUUUACAACUCAGCUAUGUUGCGUGAACAAGGAUUGUGUAAGGCAUCUCCAACCGAGCUUCGUUUCCGAAUGCAACAAACUCCCAUCUCUCCUCCCCAAGAGACACUAACUGGAAGUUAUUUCAUUUUGGAAGCAUGCUAAUAUUUUAAUAAAACCUGAUGAGUGAGA